CUCUUUUUCAUGCGCAUUAGUUGUCAAUUUUACGCAUGACAAAUUUUAUGCCGAAAGGAAAUGUCCAGACGAGCGGAAAAUUCUCCUCAUUACAACUAGGUUGCGGUAUGAAGGAGAUUGCAUAUCAAAUAAAAGAAAGAAAAAUUCCAUUCCAUUCAUUCAAAGAAAUCAAAGACGUAGAGGCAACGUUUCCUUUUAUUAAAGAUGAAAUAAUCCGCUGUUUUAUGAAUAUAAUGAUUAUGUACAAACGAAUCAAAAAACGAAAUCAUACCUCAGGAGAAAGUGCCACAAACUGCGAGUAUUUUGAGGCGUUGGAUGAGGUUUUUUUCAGUCAGAGUUGCGUUCAACUGCCAGAAGACAUGACGGAAUCUUCAAUUGAAAACUUACUGAAUACGCUUACAGGUGAAAGCGCCAUCUCUUCGGUUACUGAGACACCAUCCAUAAAUUUAACACCGACCCUGGGUAUAAAGCGAAAGAAAAAUGAUGUGAUUGAUUUUUUAAUAAAAGAAUUCGAAAAAGAUGAAGCGACAAUUCAAAAACUUUUAAAAACGGGAAAAGAUAAAGUAUCUAUAGAAAGGGAGAAGCUGGAAGAGGUAAAGCAGAUUCGCCUCUUAUUCGAAAGCAUGGCAGAAAAAUUAAAUAUUUAUCUAGGGUAUCAACAAGGGUAUUCUGAAUAAUUUAAAUGUAUGAGUAUUAUAAGUAUUGAAUUUAUAGCAUAAAACUUAUUUUAGUUUUUUUAUACUAUUGGAAAAAAAUA